ACCUCUUGGCUAGUCUCGUUGAAAGCGUCGUUUGAGUGAGUGUGUCUGCUUGGCAGUUGUGUCGAUUCGACUGAAAAUUAACUUUAAUUUAUAGUGAUUGUUCAACGCCUUGAUAGAAGUGGCAUUCUACUCGACAAGAAGUUAAUAACGGUUUCAACUGUUGGUGUAAAAAUUACAAUUGGAGGUCAACAGAAGCUGUGCUUUUGUGUUGCGUAAAAAAACAAUCUGAGAAGCAAGUGACGUCAUGUUUUGAAAGAUUUUAUAUUCAUAAAUAAUUGUUUCAAUCGGUGAAAAAACUUGAUAAAACUAUUACCCAACAUUGCAGAGUAUAGAAAUACACCUGUGCUGGUUGAAGUUUCCCGAGGAAAAGUGAUUUUUCCAUCGUAAAUUAGUUAGAAAUCAACCCAGUGAAACUAACCUCAAACAUCAAACAAAAUAUACUGUGGGUUUGUGUUCGUCAGCAGAAAAAGGAAACGCAAACGAGUGUGGUAUCAAAAUAUUUUUUUCCGUUCCUCUGAUCAAGAAGAAAGAAAAGAGUGAUUUUAUAUUUACGACUGAAGCAAAUAAUAAACAGUGUCACAAACACGGGAAGCAAUCUCGUCUUUACUGAACGGGAAAGUAACAGUAUAAAAAAAACAAUGAGUGCUGAAGUCAUUAUUCCGAGGACUGCUUCGGAUAUAAUAUCGAAUUGGCUUUCGGCGGAGGUUGGCAAGAGACCAACUGCGAAAAUCAGUAGUACUUCGGUAGCCCGGGUUAAGCGAGAUUUGUUUGGACCGGUCGACAAGGAGGAAUCUAAUAAAAUCUUCAAGCACGCACUUGAGGUCCAGAAUGAAAUGUCCAGCAAAAAAUGGGGCUUCGAUUUUCGUACCGGCCAGCCCCUGGACAACCACGACCGGUAUCAGUGGGAACGCGUUGCAAACACUUCAGCACCCGCCUGUUUCACGGGAAUCACACUGAUUCGUGCGGCCCAUGUUGUAUCCCAGACGACGUCGACCAACUCGGAAGAUCUGUUGGAUCAACGUGCCGAGAGAGAAAACCGUAUCAACUUCAACACGGAAACAUCCCCUGCCAGUCCCGCUGGGUCAGAUUCGGAAAUGUACAGUUGUGGACCGGUACGGACGUACCCGUUGGUGCUGCGUAGUGACACAUUGACGCCGAUUGAUGCCGCCACCGCCACCAUCAAAAACACCACCAACACCAGGGUCAGCAGUAGUUCGUCAUUCUCUACCUCGGCGACCAGAGCGCAGCGGCAGCAGCGAAUCACAGAUUACCUCAAGGAGCGCAAACGUCUCUCCACCGGUAUCCCUAAGGUUUCACUAGCUAAAAAGGCCCGCCAUAUGUCAGCGCCAGCGUGUAACGCGUCCGGAUCUCAAUCGAACACGGCAUCGCAGUAAAAUGCAUCUCCCUUGAAGAUCUGUUGAGUGACGGAGAAGACCCUUCGCCGCCGAACUGACAAUGAUUUUUCCCUACCUUCACUUAUACAUGUAUAAUUCGUGAAAAGCAUAGAACACAAAUUUUAUUUUAUACAAAAUUUUAACGAAGACUAGGGGGAUAGAUUUACAGAGGAAUUUUUCCUGCUUUAGAAGGGAGUAUCAACAUAAGAUUACUGCUAUUGUAAAAAAAAAUCAACUGAUACAUUGGAGUAAUCUCAGGCUCUAAGCGUUCGAUCAACAAUGCCAUCUUAUAUUAAACUAGUAGUUCAAGCGUAGUGAGUAGCUUUUAGAUCGCAAAUCACCAGUUUCGAAUUUUAGCACUGAAUAAUUUGGGUUCGAAUCGAGAACGAAUCUUGCUGAACGCAUCAUUUGCUUUUCAAAGGGUCGUAAGAGAAGUAAGGACCAUUACAGGGACCAUGAAGAUUUGUGACUCCCUUUCGGAUACUUUUGUGCGAAUUCAGUGGAUUUAUUUUUCAUUUUCGAAAAAAAACUGUAAAUAUACUUAUAAGAAGUUAAAACAUGUAGGUACAUAUAAGCUUUGAAUCAUUUAGAUUAUCUUUCAGCGAUGUUUACUUCCUUUCCGAGAAACAUACUCGUAGGCUGUUCAAUCUAGAGUGUGUUUAUCGGAGAGGAGUAGACCGGAAAGAAACCUUAUUGUAAUUUAAGCUGUCUGAAGCUGUGACCCAAAAGAUAAUAAACAAGUCCAAUAUUCCACCAUUAUCGUCUUAGUAUGAUAAUGCUGCACUGUUGGACUCCAAAUAUUAUCAUCGUUUAAUCGGUGAGUUACAGCUUCGAACAAAUUUCCACUCUAUUUUACUCUUUAUGCUAUAUCUGUUAGGCUCAAACCCAAACUAAUGUUUCCACGGUACUAAAGCAACAUUUUCCCCAAUAGCGAAACGAUCUCAAAAGAAUCUUCGUUGCAAUAUUUUACAUGUGGACAUUGCUGCAAUACUAUUUUUUGAGUGCAAUACCGUCAACCGCCCGGGGGUUCUGUGCUCACCGUGGAAUCAUUUGUCCAACUGUUUGAGCCUUUUCUAUUGUACAAAUUAGAAGAGCUAACGUGUCUCCAUUCAACAACAAAAAAAACGGAGCAGGAGUGCCUGCCUGCCGAUGUGCCAAUAAACUGGGGGCUAGAGAUCACGAUUGAUCCAGGUAGAAUCGUUAGCAAAUAAAAUUUAUUCAAGCCCUUCAAAGCAAAAAGUCAAGCUGUUGAUCUUCGACCUUCGGGAUUCUUUUUCUCGAAAGGAUCGAAUCUAAAAUUAAACUGUCUCCAUUCAUUACCACGUACCAUUAACGUGAACCGUACUAAUCAUAGAAUCGAAACUAAUAUAUUAACAAAAUCUUUCGCUCGUAGCUCCUCAACGUUUUAUUUAUUCUGAUGAUUAUGAAUCUUUUCAUUUCUGAACCACUUUUUUUACUUCCGUUAUUUGACUGGUUAUUAGUGUCAAGUGACGGUAAUCAAACGUCAUAAGAUCCCGUACAAAUAAGCAUUAUUCCAAUUACAUAUUUACAUUUACCUCUGAAUUACUCUUAUCAAACCCUUGUAGUUGUAAGAAAAAUGAAUUGUGUUUGUGGCGUAUUCGAGGGACAAUAAUUUAUGUACAAUCGAUUGGUUAGUCUAUUUAUAUAUAAUUGAGAACAAAUUACAGAAAUAAAAUCGACAAAUACAAUAAAAAACCUUCGAACAGAAA